GUGAGGGGAUAACGUUAGUGAAUUGGACCUUCACUUAAGAUGGCAAUCAAAGUGGCUAGUGUGAGGGCAGAGGAGAUAAACAAAAAAAAAUGUUGUUUGGACUGCAGCUAUACUGUCUUUGUUAAAAUGGUGGAAGCCCUCACGGGCAUUGCCCCUGCUACGAUAGUAUUCUGGCCACUAGAGGCCUCUAUCAAUCUCUAUGGUGACAGCCCAAACAAUCGAUCACCGAGCAUAUAAUCAAGAUGGCAGGUCUGUCUUUAUAUUUUGAAGAUAGCCAUGAUGAUUUGGAUGACUUUGGGUUUGAUGACUACGGAUCAGAGUGCGACGGGAUUCGGAUCACAGCUUUUCUGGAUGCAGGGCGGGACAAUCUCACCCCCUUGGGGAGACUAGAGAAAUACGCUUUCAGCGAAAAUGUCUUCAACAGGCAGAUCGUGGCACGCGGGUUGCUUGAUGUGCUUCGAGAGUUCAGUGACAAUGAGAAUGACUUUAUCAGUGUCAUGGAGACAGUUGCCCGAAUGUCUGAAGAUGGAGAGCCCACAGUGCGCGCUGAGCUGAUGGAGCAGGUGCCCAACAUCGCAAUGUUCCUACACGAGAGCCAGCCCAACUUCCCAGCAGCCUUCUCCAGAUAUCUGGUGCCCAUCGUGGUUCAUUAUCUCACAGACCCCAAUAACCAGGUCAGGAAGACCAGUCAGGCGGCCCUGUUGGUGCUGUUAGAGCAGGGCCUCAUCUGCAAAGGCGACAUGGAGACCAAGGUGUGUCCUGUUCUACUGGACCUCACCGAGCCCAGCAGCGACGACGACUACAAGAUAGAGGCCGUCGCGAUCAUGUGUAAGCUGGUAACCAUGCUGAGCAAAGAGACCGUGGAGCAGCUGUUGCAGCGUUUCUGUGAGUUGUGCAGCGACGCCAGGCUCUUCCAAGUCCGCAAGGUGUGUGCAGCCAAUUUCGGAGAGUUCUGUUCCAUUGUGGGCCGGGAUGCCACAGAGAAACUACUGAUGUCCAAGUUCUUUGACCUGUGCUCUGACAGCCUGUGGGGCAUCCGGAAGGCGUGCGCCGACUGCUUCAUGAUCGUCUCCAACUCCACCUCCCCUGAGGUGCGACGCACUAAACUGUCCCCCCUUUUCAGUAGCCUCAUCAGUGACCAGUCUCGCUGGGUGCGCCAGGCUGCCUUCCAGUCUUUGGGACGCUUCAUCUCCACCUUUGCCAAUCCUUCCAGCAUGGGCCUCUACUUCAAAGAGGACGGCACGCUGCUGGAGGUCCCCACGUGUCCCUCUGACAGCAAUUCCCCCCUCUGCAUAGAGUCCUCCAACGGCCCCACAGUGAGACCCUCACACACACCCAUUAACCAAGAUGGCCGCUCCACCCCAUUCCUAGAAUCCAUGUCCAGGGGGAACAGCGGCAGCGACUCCACACACACUCAUCCCCAAAACCAACACGCAGGCCAGGCACGCAACAACAACAACCUUCCUCCCACAAAUAAUAAAAACAAGGAGACGGAACAAACAGACCAGAAUUUUAACUCUUUCCUCUACUGGAGGCCUCCGUUAGUGGAUAUCAGCCAGGAGCUGGAGAUGCUGAAGGGCCAGGGUCCUCGGACUCGGACAGAGGGAGAAAAGGAGGAGGAGGUGGUGGUGUCCAGUCUGGAUCCAGCCACCUGCUCUCAGAUCCAGAAGGUAUUGGACUGCCUCCAGCCCCACAUGGACGACCCUGAUGUACAAGCCCAAGUACAGGUGCUCUCAGCCGCCCUAAAGGCUGCCCAGCUGGAGAGCCAGUCUGAGGAGGAGGGCGAGUCAAAGAGCCAGUCUGAGGAGGAGGGUCAGUCAGAGAGCCAGUCUGAGGAGGAGGGUCAGUCAGAGAGCCAGUCUGAGGAGGAGGGCGAGUCAGAAAGCCAGACACCAGAGGGUGGAGAACCAGAUGAGGAGUCCUCCCAGAACAGAGUGACCACAGAGGAGACACAGACACCUGAGCCACCAACCCAGCAGGCCAAGGACCCAGCACCCACAGAGGAGCAGAAAGAGGCAGAAGCUGAGACUGAGAAGGAGCCAGAGCCUUAUGAGUCACCCCCCAACUCGCCUGUCCUAGUACGGGAUGACUCGGACCACAACAGCGUGGAGCCAGAGCUGAUGGAGAGCCUGGAGGGGAAAGAGGACUCUGCUUUCAACCAGGUGUGUGAGGAGAAGUCCAAGGUCCAGAAUGUGAUUCCCCAGCAGCUGUUGGACCAGUAUCUUUCCAUGACGGACCCGGCGCAGGCCCAGACGGUGGACACUGAGAUCGCCAAGCACUGUGCGUUCAGCCUACCUGGCGUGGCCCUCACCCUGGGCCGACAGAACUGGCACUGCCUAAAGGACACGUACGAGACCCUCGCCACCGACGUACAGUGGAAAGUGCGCCGGACGCUGGCGUUCUCCAUCCACGAUCUGGCCCUGAUCCUGGGGGACCAGCUGACGGCGGCCGACCUGGUGCCCAUCUUCAACGGCUUCCUUAAGGACCUGGACGAGGUGCGCAUCGGCGUGCUCAAACACCUCUAUGACUUCCUCAAGCUGCUCCAUGCAGAGAACAGGAGAGAGUACCUGUACCAGCUUCAGGAGUUCAUGGUGACGGACAACAGCCGCAACUGGAGGUUCAGAUACCAGCUGGCCGAGCAGCUGAUCUUGAUCAUGGAGUUGUACAGCCACGACGAUGUGUAUAACUACCUCAGACAAAUAGCACUGACCCUCUGCUCAGACAAAGUGUCAGAGGUCCGGUGGAUCUCUUACCAGCUGGUGGUGGAGAUCUUACAGAAGAUGUAUGCUUGUGGAGCCCACGAGCUGGGCCUGAACUUCAGCAACGAGCUCAUCAUCCGCUUCUGCCACUGUCCAAAAUGGGUGGGCCGCCAGGCCUUUGCCUUCAUUUGCCAGGCCAUCGUGGAGGAGGACUGUAUGCCCAUGGACCAGUUUGCCCAGCACCUCCUCCCCAGUCUCCUCAGCCUGUCGUUGGACCCCGUGGCCAACGUCCGCGUGCUGGUGGCCAAAGCACUGCGGCAGAGUGUCAUGGAGAAAGCGUACUUCAAAGAGCCGGGCAGUGCCUACUUAGAAGAGCUGGAGGAGACGGUGAUGACCCUGCAGGCGGACAAGGACAGAGACGUACGCUUCUUCGCCAGCCUGGACCCCGACAUGGUGCUUAUGGACACUUCUGCUUUAAUCUAGAACCUUCCGGCCUGCUCCAACACACAGCCAAUAACUAUCACCAGCAUCAGACCUGACCAGAACACUCGCCUGCAGGAAAUAAAGGCACUGAUACAUAAACAUACAUAGAAUCAGUCAUGUGCUCUCUCUCUGUCUCACACACACACACACACACACACACACACGAUCUGAAAACCGCACCUCGCUAAGCUAAAACAGCCACCGCAAAAUGGCAUCGGAUUCCAGGUGGGAAAACAACCCACCAUGCGGCUUGGCUCGCGUCCCGUCGUCGAGUCACCUCAACCCAUCUGUAUCCAGCUGGUUCUCUCAGGUCCUCUGGUUUCAUCACGGUUUCUCUCUCUCUUUUCAUCUUGUCUUCAAUGACCUCCAUAACCACUACUGCUUAGGAGAAGGAACAACCGCACCACUUGGCACGAAACAAAAAUAUGUUAAUGAACUCGUGGCAUCUUCACUCUGUGUGUUUACUAUGUCAAUAAUGUGUUCCAAGUCUCCCAGAGACCAAUGAAAUACCUCUGAUUGGACAUAACUCAGGCCAGUUUCGCCAUAGGGGCAUUUAGCUCAUAGAAUGAGGUACAGCGCUUUAGAACAUCACAGAUAGAAAUGGAAUGUAUAGAUAGACGCACUAGAAUUGUGAUUCUUCUAUAUACAAUGCAUCUGUACAUUCUGUAACGCUGCUCUCCCCUGAAUAAACCUCGGGUGUCAGCGGGACCUCUGGUGACAGUCAAUUUUCUACCCCAAAUGGCACCCUAUUCCCUUUAUAGUGCACUACUUUUGACCAGGGCCCAUAGGGCUAUGGUCAAAAAAAGUGCACUGUAUAGGGAACAGGGUGCCAUAUUGGAUGCAGCCCUUCAAUUGUGUUUUGGGGUUAUUUGGGGUGUUCACGACUCAAGGGCUUAUGAUAAAGUGACAGAGUUUGUUGUAAACCUGUAGAAAGACGAAGCAGAAAAACAGAUUGAUAGUUUGAUAAAGACCUGUGAAGCACUCCCCCUUAUCCACCGUGUAGUCCGUCAUUGUAAAUAAGAAUUAACUGACUUGCCUAGUUAAACAAAGGUUAAAUUAAUUUUAAAAAAAUGUAAAUCCACUUCAACAUUGUGGAUUCCAAUCCCAUUUUGGCUUUUCAGUCAGACCACUGCACUGACCACAAUCAAUUGUACAGUAUAGGAAUGGUUGUGUGGCCUGGGUUUGUGUUCCAAGACGCUCUGACUAGUAAAUCUCAUUAGUAGUGAAAUAAGUAUGUUGGAGAAUAAAUAACUUCCAAGCAUUGUAUAGCUUAACCUGUAUAGCCAGGGGAUCCAAGGCCAGUUUUAGGGUUUUCUGUAGAGACAUGAAUGUGGAUAUAAUGAGAGCUGUCACUUUUGUCGUCCUUUUUUUUUUCUUCUCACCUGUUCACAUGGCAACCCAUUGUUGACCAUAAACACGACUUGAGAUCCUAAACUGAUUGCGGUGGGGCGUGCGUCUCAAGUCUGUCUUCCAUCUUAUGGAAAUGUUCACUGCUGUAGACUACCUAACGCAUCACAUCUGUCAGCAAUUUUCCCCAUCUUCUUUUUCUUUAUGGUAGAGCUGUUAAUAUAUAUGCAUUUUCUGAAAUGUAUUUUCCUUUUCAAAUAUGUACCGUUGUUCAAAGAUUUUAUAUCCGAACUUUGCAUUUCACAACCUUUGUAACAUUCAAAUAAUUCCUUUAAAAUAUUUUUUAUGUAAUGUUAUUUUUAGCAUUCUGUAAUUAAAUUUAUAAUAUAAAUCAGAAAAAUCAAGACAUGUGUAGCCUGUCUCCAAACUACCUUGUUUAACCAACAAAUGAAUUGUGCAAAUGAGUGUCAUAUCAUUGUCACAAAGGUUCAAAAGACCUGCAGCACAAAUUUUUGAUAAAUAUAAAACUCAGCUAGGUGAUUUUUAUUUAUUUUUUUCCAUGAAGAAGAAUUGUUACUUGCUUCUUUAAAAGUAUUUUGUGUGACACUUGAAGUUUGAAAACGUAAAGCGAAGCGGUGAAAUAUAGUCAGUAAAAUCUAUGUUCUGAUUACUACCGACAGACUACUUACACUGAACAAUAAUAUAAACGCAACAUUUAAAGUGCUGGUCUCAUGAUUUAUGAGCUGAAAUAAAAGAUUCAAGAAAUGUGUCAUACGCA